AUGACUGCGUGGAUAGCAGAAGUUGAAUACCAGUGUAAAACUUGUUUGGAACUUGAAGAAAGAAAACGAUGUGAUCAUUUUAGAAAAUUGUUUCAAGCGUAUGAGGAUUUAAUGGAAGCAUAUUGUCUCUUCAAGAAAUUGUUUCAAUUUCCGAUAUUAUUUCUAGCACUGUACACAUUCUUCCUGAGCUUGAUGUAUGUCCAAAUUAUAAUAGAGCUGCGGGAAUUGAAAGUAUCACAAUUUGGCAUGUUUCACAUAAAUGAAAUGACAAUACUUACCGUCGUGUGGCUCCUGAAGAAUGUGUUCUACAUCGUGAUGUUCAGUACUAGCUGUGAAAAGUUCUACAUGUCUGUCACUGACGCCAGGGAUACUUGCUACAAGAUGCUGAAGAGGUUCCAAAAGACAGCAGCAGUAAAGAACCUUUGCAAGAACGUUCUCCGGUCCCAUCGCGCCACCUUCCACAAGAUGACUGCGUGCUCCAUCUUCACAGUAGACGCGGACCUAGCCCACGGGUUUGCUAGUCUAGAAGUAGAGUACAUCGUUGUGUUACUGCAAUUUGCUUUAACUAGGUUUAAGUUGGAAUAA